AUGAAGGCCUCCGUGCCUUGGUCAGUGGUGUGGCGUGCCCAGUCGAGUUCCGUUUGGCUAAGAAGCGUCCUGAAGCUGUGUGAACUGUGGCUGCUAUUGGUGGGCUCAGGUUUGAACGCCAAACUUCCGCUUGAAGAGGAUGUAGACUUUAUCAAUGAAUAUGUGGGUCUCCAUAAUCAGUUCCGAGGCACGGUCUUCCCCUCGGGGGUGAACCUGCGCUUCAUGACUUGGGACGUAGCUUUAUCACGUACUGCCAGAGCAUGGGGGAAAAAAUGUAUGUUUAGCCGUAAUACUCAUCUAGAUAAACCCCAUGAGUCCCAUCCAGUAUUUACUGAAAUUGGCGAAAACAUGUGGGUUGGUCCUGUAGAGGACUUUACUGUAAGCAGUGCCAUCAGAAGUUGGCAUGAGGAAAGGAAGAGCUACAGUUACUUAAAUGACACUUGUAUUGAGGACCAGGACUGUUCUCAUUACAUUCAGCUUGUGUGGGACAGUUCCUACAAAGUUGGUUGUGCUGUUACUUCGUGUGCAAGGGCUGGAGCUUUCAUGCACGCAGCACUUUUCAUAUGCAAUUAUGCACCAGGAGGAACCCUGACAAGGAGGCCUUAUCAAGCAGGGCAAUUUUGUACUCGGUGUGGCCCUGGAGACAAAUGCACAGACUUCCUAUGCAGUAACACAGUUCGUGACGAAGCUACAUACUACCAGUUCUGGUACCCACCUUGGGAAAAGCCCCGCCCACUUGUGUGCAAUCCACUGUGCUUACUUAUCCUCUUCCUGAGAGUGGCGUCUUUGCUGCUGUGUGUCAUCGUUGUUCUGAUAGUACAGUCCAGGUUUCCAGUUGUCUUAAUAGAAACUCCAACGAUAAUUUCAGCAGAGGAGGAAGUGAAAGCUGAGGAAGAAAUAGUGAUGGAGGAAGAGGAGGGAAAAGAAGAGGAAGAGAUGCUGGAAGAAGAUGAACAAUAG